AUGAGUGGAAGCGACGACGAUUGGGAAAAGCAGCUCGAAGACGAUGAGGAGCUAGAAAAGAACUUGAACAAAGAGAAGAAGAAGACUUUUGCAGACGAGGACAACUACAACUCUGAGGAAGAGAGAAAGAAGAAGCUUGAGGAGCAAAAGAGCUAGCCCAUUGCCGCCUCUACAAAGAAGAAACAAUCAACAAAGAAAGAUUACGAAAAGUUAUUCGAAGAGAGAAAUAACCACAAAUCAAACACCCAAAAAGCCUUGGAAGAUGUGGCUGUUAAAAACAUGAGUAAAGAUGCCAGAGGAGAGUAUAUGUCAAAAGUUGCUGAAUAAGACAUCGCUGAUAGUUUAUUUGCCGACAUGAACGUGACCUCAUAAUCCCUAAAUUCUGAGAAAGACUAUAUUGGCUUUGGUAAGAAAGUCUCGGGCGUUCUUUAUCAAGGACAAGCCCCUUACAGAAUUCCAUCAUUCUUCAAGGAGGUCUUAAGGGAUUUACAGGGAUAACUAGAAUCAAAGAAGAUUAAGGAAAUUCUUGAUACUGUUACCACUCUCUACAACGAGAAAGUCAAGGAGGAAAAGGAAAAGGAUAAGUCUGGUAAAGCUAAAGCAAAGAAAGCUCCACAACUCACAGCUGGAAAGAACACCAGAGAUGCAUAGAUUAUUAGUGCAAUGAUCGGAGAGGAUGACUACGGUGAUGAAGAGGGAGAGUAUGGUGAAGAAGAUUAUACUGGCUCUACUAAAGCAAAGAAGAAGGUUCAAGAAGAGGAGUAUGACUUUAUGUGA